UCCUUCAGGUGUGAGAUGGUUUGUUUAGCUGGCUCUUGUGUUUUAUCGUUCAUAAUAUUAUCCAUGAACUUUAGUUUUCGUUGAACCGAAGAUCCGCAACGAAAGUGGAAAAUCUAGGAAAGAUGGAUUCGUGCUUUGCUGUGGAAAAGGAAGUCGACAGAGUCUUAACAAAGUAUCUCGCUUUCAAUGAACAAUCUAAAACAACAUUAGCAGACUUGGUUGGAUUUGUCCAGACUUUACAAAUUGAAUUGAACCAAGCACCAUAUGAUCAAGAAGUCACACCAUCACAAGCUUUAUUGUUGACCCAGUGUGCUGAAAGAGUAAAAGAUGUCAUUACAGCCAUAACUACAGAACACAGGGAUCUGCAUGGAUCUGUUUCAAAAGUAGGAAAAGCCAUUGAUAAGAAUUUCGUUCCAGACUUUGGUAGUACAAGUAGUGAAAAGGUCUUUGGAGAAGAAGAAAGUCAACAGUCGUUAAAUCGGGUAGUGAUUGAACACUUCCUACGGCAUGGCAUGCUGGAUAUAGCUGAAGAACUCAUUCGAGAAGCACAGUUGCAUAUAGAAGAAAACAAGAAGGAGCCUUUUUCUGAACUUAAUCAAAUAAUUGAAGCACUCAAGGACAGGAAUUUGAAGCCUUCAUUAGAAUGGGCAUGCAGAAACAGAGAUCGAUUACAAGCUCAAGGCAGUUUUCUUGAAUUUAAACUUCAUCGACUACGAUUUAUUGAAUUGUUACAGCAAGGAAUUGAAAAGCAACAUGAUACUGUUCAGUAUGCUCGAGAAUAUUUUCAACAUCUAGCAACUUCUCAUGAGAAAGAGAUCCAAGUGUUGAUGGGUAGUCUCCUGUACCUUCCUCAGGGUGUUCAAAACUCACCAUACAGCUAUAUUCUUGAUCCUGUCCACUGGUCUGAAAUUUGUGAAGUAUUCACUAAAGAUGCUUGUAACAUGUUGGGAUUGUCUAUGGAAAGUCCUCUCACUGUCUGCAUCAAUGCUGGUUGUGUAGCUCUUCCUGCUCUUCUAAAUAUCAGGCAAGUUAUGCAGCAAAGACAGGUAGCUGAUGUGUGGAACUCUAGAGAUGAACUUCCUAUUGAAAUAGACCUAGGACAAAGUGGGCGAUUUCAUUCCAUCUUUGCUUGUCCCAUAUUACGACAGCAAAGCUCAGAAAACAAUCCUCCCAUGAGGCUUGUUUGUGGCCACGUCAUCUCUCGAGAUGCAUUACACAAGUUGGCAAAUGGCAACAAAUUAAAAUGUCCAUAUUGCCCUGUGGAACAGAGUCCAUCUGAUGCUAAAAUGAUACAUUUUUAGGUUAUUCUUGGGGGUUAUUUAUGACUCAUAUUUUUGAAACCAUGAAGGAAAAUUUUCUUUACUGAACAAAUAAACCAUACAAGUUUUGUUCGAAAGACUGUAUUUUACAGAAAUGUUCUGGAUGUGUAUUUUGGUGUACAAAACAUUAUCUUUUCAUUUGAAAAGUGUGUACAAACAACAUUGUUUUUGAAAUUUUAAUAGAAAAUGUUUAUAAACAGAAGUGGUUUUGUUUGUAUAAACAUUUUUUACUGGAGAUGCAAAUUAAGAUUGUGUCGAAUAUCUAAAUUAAAAUAGCUUUCUUUUUUCUAAGUAGAUUUCUUCAGCCAAAUACUUUAGGAAUUUAUUCUUGUCCUUUAUUAGUGAAAAGUUUGAACUGAAAUAAAAUAUGCGAAUCAUUUCCGAGUAAUAACCUUAAGCACUGAGAAAAACUUCCAGUAAGACUUAAAUUAACAUGGGAAUUUGGUACCAUACUAGCAAACAUAAGUUAUUCUUAUCUCAACAUUGGCAUGAAAUGUAUUUCUUUUCCAGUGUUGCACUAGACAUUCUUUGCUAAAAAUUUGAUGGCAAAGUAGAUGGUAAAGCAGUUCUAUCUUAAAAUUUUCUAUCUUCAUAAAGAAUGGUCACUAGAUUGAUCGUAUGAGACUUGUUUCUACAUUUUAGAGCUGAUAAAUUUAAUUUGCUUAAAAGAUACUAGAUGUUUAUAUUUAUAAUACAUUGUAAACUUGGGUUUGUAUAAGGACAGACUGAAUGCAAAUCAGAAUUACAAUCCUCAGAUAACAGUAAGCCAUCUUGUAAAUUUUCCAAGCAUUUUAGCACAAAUAUAUCCAUAAGGUGAAACUGUCAUUGAUGAAAUGGUGAUCAUAUCUAUAAUAGCUGUAUAUUUAAUGAAGUUUCUGUCAAUUUGACUACUGACCUUUUAAAGAUAAAAUGGUUUACAUGUUUACACAAUUACAGGGAUCAAAAUUGCACAACAUACCUAACAUGUUGAGCUAAUGAUUAUAUGCAUAUUACAGCAUUUAGAAUAGAGUUUACCACUGGCUACAUUUAAUUUUUCUUUUUCUAUGGAAAAAUGAUUUUAGUGUAGUGUACCAUAAUUGGUGCAAAAAGUAUGGUAUAGUGUUUGUUGUUUAUUCAGAUGGUGAAGUCCAUAUGCCUUUCUUGUGUUGUGUGACAAGUGUUUCACAAUAGACUUUUGCUUGUAUUACUUUCACUUGAUUUUUCUCUUUUGUCAUUGUAAAACAAGGUUAUAAUAUGUCUAUUUUUUAAAUAAAAAAUAUGUGGCUAGUUUGUUGAAUGUAAAUUAUCAUAAGACCAUAGAAACUGUAUUGUCUGAACAUCUUUCUUCUGUCUAGAAGGACCUGUUUUGUUGUGUUUUAUGCCAAUGAAUGUUAAAAUUGUUUUUCUUGUUACACAGUAUAAUCUUUUUUAUUAAUUGGUUUUCAUUCGUUGAAUAAAAGAAAGAGAAAAAAAAAGGCUUUGUUUUAUCUUUUUAUUUAGUUUGAAAUACUAACUUUCUUGGUAGUAAUUGAGUUUUAAUUUAUUCCAAUACUACUGAAGGUUAGUUGUGCAGCAUUAUCUAUAUAUGAAAAUUGUAAAUCAUUGAUGCAAGACACAGUACAUUCCAGAUUAUGUAAGGUCAUUUUACUAAACUUGUCUUAAGAGCAAAAAAAUUACAUUAGUGAAUAAACUUUAGAAUUUAAGAGUAUUUUUUAAAUUUUAGUAUUAAAUAGUCUAUUUCAGGCUAAACAGAAUUUUUUAAAUAAAAUAUAUAGAAUCUUAUGCAAUGUAGUAAGGUCUUGCAAUCUUAAUAUCUAUUACUAUUUAGAAAUGCUCUUUUUCAUUAGAAUUUGCCUGCAUUACUGACAUUUCUGAGUUAAUUUAAUUCAAGUAUAGUAAUUUAUUUUAAGGUACAUUAUGAUGUUUACUUCAAAAACAACAAUUUUAAAAAUAAAAUAGCUACUAAUAUGAGUCAAAAGUUAACAGCUACUGCCAUCUUCAGUUUAAUAUUUUUAUUAAUAAAAAUGUCUUAUACUUCAAAAGUCAUUUCUUUGUGUUUUUGAAGGAAAUAUAGAUUUAGAUAAAUUAAGGAAAUUAUAAUAAACAGUCAGUUAUGUAUAGAGAAAUAACAUGGCAAUAUUAUUAUUUAUGUAGUUGAUUACUGUAUAAAACUUGUUAAUUUCAGAUGUGUAUUUUUUCUAUUAUGUAUUCUGUUGUAGCAUUUGAUAAACAUGCUUUGUGCAGGUAUCUUGCAGUUAAUUUGCUCUUGUAAACAGGGUGUGAAUACUGAUAAACUUGCAUUAAUCCUCAUACCUAGUUUAGGUUUCACACUACAAUGAUCAUUCUGCAGAGUUUAUACUUGUUGGCCAUGCUUUAUUCACAUCUCUCCCCUGUCAUAUGAAAGUGGAGGGAGUGGUAUAGAAGUUUGUACAAGUUGGUAUGAGCUGGGAGUUAAGUUUCCCUGCCUGUGAUUACUAACAUGUAUAAUCUAGGACUGCAGGAUACCACACUAGAAUUUUGGUCUUUCUUUACAAAUCAAUGUAUUACAGCCACAACCUGUUCAGUCUUCAUUGGGUGAAAGUGUGAUACCACCUCCAUACUACAGAAGUCAACCUGUUCUAGUGUUACCUUCAAGCUGGCCAAGUUCACAUAUUUAUAACUCAAGCAAGUUUUUGUAUAAAGAAUAAAGUUUUAUUUCUUUAUUGUA